AUAAUGGACAGCUCGCAGUACCGCCCGCCGCUUGUUUCAAAAUGUCAUUACUGCUUUUGCUUGGUGUCAGCUUACUUUACAGGACUACAAAGCAAAAAUCACCGAAAGUUCAAAGAAAUCACGCCGCUGCACAAAAAUCACUUAAGUUCUAAUUAUAGGGAACAUUUAUAACCCUCAAUAAACUUGCGUGUUUUGUAUUGUCUGCGAAACCUGCUGAACAGGAUGCGCUCCAGCCUUUUAACUAAGCACCCCACUGCUAUUAAGACGUAAUCUACAGUGGCCGUGUCGCUAAAACACCCUUAGAUAAAGAGAAGAUGGAGACUUUCUUCGUGUUUUAGGUCGCUCGUCGACAUUAACGCAAGAAAUUUAAGGCAUCUGAACUGGAUUUUAUUUGGAGUGGUUUCUGUUGAUAGUUUAUGUUGGGCUGCAAAUUUUAGACAAUGAUUUCGCUGUUAAGGGUACAGAUGGCAGGUUUGCCGUUUUUCACAGUUUUCUCAACUGGCAUCGUAAUUCAGUCCGUAUCCGCUGCUGCACUCGGUGUUUUACAAUCGGCGUGCAAACCUAUUCCUAAUACACUGAGUUUGUGUCAUGACGUUGGGUACAAAGAUAUGCGACUUCCGAACCUUUUGGGCCACGACACCAUGAAAGAGGUUCAACAGCAGUCGGGCUCCUGGGCUCCGCUGGUUUCUAAGAAGUGUCACCCAGACACAAAGAAGUUCUUGUGCUCCCUCUUCGCUCCCGUGUGCUUACCGGGCCUCACGGAGCCAGUCUGGCCAUGCCGAAGUCUUUGUGAAGACGUGCGUAACGGCUGCCUGCCGGUAAUGAGCGCUUUCGGGUUUCCUUGGCCAGAUAUGUUCCACUGCAACUUGUUCCCAAACAACACAGACCUGUGCAUACCAGCAGCCGACUCGGUGCACAGCAAAGACAACAGAAGAAACCACCACCCAGAAUCAAAAGUUGUAUGUGAUGCCUGCAACCUAGCGGCUGAAGGCGAGGUGGGGAUUAAGAAAAACUACUGCAAGAGUCGUUUUGCUGUAAGUUUAAAAGUGGCAGAGAGUUUCACGGAUGGACCAGACCGCAAAAUUGUGGCCAGUGGGCGGAGCAGACUGCUGCUGCGAAACGGCGUCCAGAUUGGCGCUGUCACCGAGAGCCAGCUUUGGCUGUUACAGGGAGCGAACUGCAGCUGCGAAGAGCUGAACAGCCCACUUUCAGGAUAUCUUCUUGGUGUGGGAGACAUAAACGGUAGCAGGCUGGUCUUCACCCGUCUAAUGAAGUGGCCCAAAGCAGAACGAGAACUGAAGAAGUUCAUGAAGAGUCUGCAGAGAGUACAGUGCACUUGAAGGAUUCACGGCAGCCUCGAGGGUUUUGGGACUUAAACCCCUAAUCAUAUUAGCAAAGCCGAGAUCAGUUUUACAAAUAUCAUUACCUUGCUAUGAAGCAUAACUAUUAUUUGGCUAAGGUGUCCUCUGCCACCCUAGGACCACCCCUAGCUUCAAACGUAGGACACAAUUGUUGAAUAUUUAAGCGCGAAGUGGAAAAUAAAUAAUUAUACAUAUAUAUUUGUGUUUUAACCUGACAGAAAAAUAAUAAAAAUAAACAAUUUAAUGGACAA